AUUAAAUUAUACGGGGCAUGAUUGAGAGAUACUGCAGAUAAGCAAUCAGUUCUAAUGGAACCGUGGAGCUGCGCAUUUAGCCGGAAAGAAAUAUUCAAAAGUGCAAAAGUAAUAAAUAUUAAAUUGUUGUUUCAAAUAACGGCAAUUAUUUUAAUUUCAAACCAGUUGUACCUUCGAUACUAAGAAACACAAAAAUGGAAAAAUCACUCUUCUGGCUGGACUGUACAUUAUUUCUUCUCCUGACUGGAGUUGCAUGCGCUUCCGAUGUAGAUCAGCCGUUUUCAAUAUAUAUGGAUGUUAGAAAAACUCUGGACGAUUCCGUGCAAAUCGCUAAAUCCUGUGAAAGAAAGCUGUCUAUUAUGGAUAGUGUUCUCGAAAUCAGGGGCAGGGGACCAGAAAUGUCUUUAAAUUCAUUUGAAAACUUAGAAAAUUUAACAGAGCGCAUAAACUCUUAUGGUUUAAAACAAAAUGCAUUGGAGAACACGAUACAAAGCUUGACGUCGCAAUCCAAAGAAACCAUGAACGAAUUAAGAGCAAAUAUUUCGAAAGUGCUGUCUACAGUGGCCGAUUUAGCAUCCAAAAUGUAGCGCAAGUGAGAGUUAUACCUUCCGGAAUUAUGGCGCUUAAGUGAUAUACUCUAAAUCAUAUUUCAAUUCGUAUUUUAUGAAUAUUAUGUGAGAGCACUAUGAUAAUAAAGAAGUACAAUAUCAAAUGUAAUGUA